AUGCAGCCCCACCUGGCGCUGAUGUGCGUGGUUGUGCUCGGGGGAGCUCUGCCGGCGUCGGCUCGGCCCGAGCCCAGGAGGCGGGAGCAAAUGGACCCAAGGCGAUGUGAGCUGCCCCGAUCGCAAAGAGACCUGAACUCUUUUCUCUGGACAAUCCGGAGAGACCCUCCUGCCUACUUGUUUGGCACCAUCCAUGUGCCUUACACACGGGUGUGGGACUUUGUUCCUGAGAACUCCAAAGCUGCUUUUCAAGCCAGUUCCAGUGUGUACUUUGAACUGGAUCUCACGAAUCCUUCCACCAUCUCAGGCCUGGCCAGCUGUCAGUUGCUUCCUCAUGGGGAGAAUUUACAGGAUGUGCUUCCCCAAGAUCUUUACCACCGCCUCAAACGCCAUCUUGAGUAUGUCAGGUUGAUGCUGCCUCACUGGAUGACUCCAGACCAAAGGGGCAAAGGCCUUUACGCAGAUUACCUUUUCAAUGCUAUUGCUGGAAACUGGGAACGCAAAAGACCUGUCUGGGUGAUGCUGAUGGUCAACUCCUUGACCGAGACGGACAUCCGUUCACGGGGAGUGCCGGUGUUGGACCUCUACCUGGCUCAGGAGGCUGAAAGGAUGAAGAAAAGCACAGGAGCUGUGGAGAGAGUGGAAGAGCAAUGCCACCCUCUGAAUGGGCUGAACUUCUCCCAG